CUCAAUGUUCUACUGCUUGAGCUCAUGUUCCUCUUAUAGAAUAUUAACUCAACAGUAUUGUGGAGCUCCUGCAUCUAAAUAUAAACAGUACCGGUACCUAUUUCAGUCCAAGUUGAGCACUGAAUUAGAUAAUUGACCACAAAAAAAUGAAUAUAUUUUAAUAGAGAAUGAAGAAAGUUCCAGAACUGUCAAGACAACUUUUUGUGUCUGUUUCUCAUUGUUACUACAGGACGACUAGAAUUAAGUCUGAGGCCGGUAACAUCAAUAGUGAGGACAAACCCAGCCUGCCUCUCUCCUUCCACACUGAGUCCAAACCUACAGUCACUGGGUUCUGAUUGUGACAGUGGAGCCCAGUUUGCACUGCAGGAUCCACAGAUAGCAUCAGUGAAGCUGGAAGACUGCAGUCAAACACUGGAGCUGAAUGUCAACAUGAAAGAUGAAGAAGAGGAGGAGAAGAUUGGGACAUCUGUUUCUCAUGGAGACCGUGUUGAGACAUUCUCUACAUCCAGAGAGCAACAGCAGGAAGAUCACAGAGCGAAGAGGUCUCACCACUGCCCACAUUGUGAGGAGAUUUUCCCAUUUCUGUCAAAGCUUAAAAUACACCUAAAAAUACACACAGGGGUGAAUCGGUAUUCCUAUACUGAUGGUGGGAAGAAUUUCACAUCAUUAAAGGCUCUGACAGUUCACCAGAGAGUGCAUAGAGGAGAGAAGCCUUACUCCUGCUCUGACUGUGUAAAAUGCUUCACAACAUCAACUGAGCUAAAAGUUCAUCACCGAACACACACAGGAGAGAAGCCUUACUCCUGCUCUGAUUGUGGAAAGAGUUUCUCUCAACUGGGCACCUUAAAACAACAUGAACGUAUACACACAGGAGAGAAGCCUUACUCCUGCUCUGACUGUGGGAAGAGUUUCUCUGUACUGGACCACUUAAAAACACAUGAACGUAUACAUACGGGCGAGAAACCUUACUCCUGCUCUGACUGUGUAAAAUGCUUCACAACGUCAACUGAGCUAAAUGUUCAUCAGAGAACACACACAGGAGAGAAGCCUUACUCCUGCUCUGAUUGUGUAAAAUGCUUCACAACAUCAACUAGGCUAAAAGUUCAUCAGAGAACACACACAGGCGAGAAACCUUACUUCUGCUCUGACUGUGGGGUGAGUUUCUCUCUACUGGGCCACUUAAAACGACAUGCACGGAUACACACAGGAGAGAAGCCUUACACCUGCUCUGACUGUGGAAAGAGUUUCUCUCUACUGUGCCACUUAAAACGACAUGCACGGAUACACACAGGAGAGAAGCCUUACUCCUGCUCUGAUUGUGUAAAAUGCUUCACAACAUCAACUGGGUUAAUAGUUCAUCAAAAAACACACAAAAGUUAAGCUUUACCAGUUAAAAAGACACCAUGGUAAAAAUAAAGGAAAUAGGCCCCUGAUCUGACUAGAAAAUGUUUUAAAACAACAGCUGAGCUAAAAAGUCACCAGAGAACACACAUAGGAGAGAAGCCGUACUUUUGCUCUCAUUGUGGCAAGAGUUUCUCCCGAUUGGGUAAUGUAAAAACACAUCAACGGAUACACACUUGAGAGAAGCCUGAUCACUGCACUGACUGUGAGAAGAGAUUCUACAGACUGGGCCAUUUAAAACGACACCAAUGUAUACAUAGAGAGAAGACUCAUCAGUUCUCUCAGACCAGCUAAGAUUUGUCACUCCACUUAAUUAUCAUCUCAUUAAGUAAUUGGCAACGUUGAAUUGGAUCAAAUGAAGAAAGAGCAGAACACUCUAUUGUAAUCCUAUUGUUUCUCACUGUGAGAGAACUGUGCAGAGGAAAUGGAGUGUUAUAGAAUGUUAACCUCUCUUUACUUUACUGAUCAGUGUGCACCUGGUCAGUUUUGGUGAGUUUUGUUAGCUUCUACUGCAAAGAUAUUGAGCUGACCUUGGAUUUGCCCUUAAGGUAGAAUAUCCUCUGUGAGGCUGGUUGACUGGGUGGUACUGCUUCCCUCUGCAGGUUUCUGUGGGAAAGAGCUGGAAGACACAACAUGUACAGAGUGUACAAAACAUUAAGGACACCUGCUCUUUCCAUGACAUAGACUGACCAGCUGAACGCUAUGAUCCUUAACUAUUUAGUUUUUGUGUAUUUAUUAUGGAUCCUCAUUAGCUUUCAGCAAAAAUCAACAAACUGCUAUUGCAGUGGGCUAAGGAAUGAAAACACUGGACACUAGAAAAUUGGAAACAUACUGCCUGGUCUGAUGAAUCCCUGUUCCUGCUGUUUCAUGCUGAUGGGAGGACUGGGGUAUGGAGGAAACCACGAGUACAUACAUUCAGUGCUGGAAAAAGUACCUUAAUAGAAAAUUACUAAAUUAAAAGUGAAAGUCACCCAGUAAAAUACUACUGGAGUAAAAGUCUAGAAUCAAAUCAAAUCAAAUCAAAUAUUAUUUGUCACAUACACAUAGUUAGCAAAAGUUAAUGGGAGUGUAGCGAAAUGCUUGUGCUUCUAGUUCCGACAAUGCAGUAAUAACCAACAAGUAAUCUAACUAACAAUUCCAAAACUACUGUCUUAUACACAGUGUAAGGGGAUAAAGAAUAUGUACAUAAGGAUAUAUGAAUGAGAUACAGUAGAUGGUAUCGAGUACAGUAUAUACAUAUGAGAUGAGUGUAAACAAAGUGGCAUAGUUAAAGUGGCUAGUGAUACAUGUAUUACAUAAGGAUGCAGUCGAUGAUAUAGAGUACAGUAUAUACGUAUGCAUAUGAGACGAAUAAUGUAGGGUAAGUAACAUUAUAUAAGGUAGCAUUGUUUAAAGUGGCUAGUGAUAUAUUUACAUCAUUUCCCAUCAAUUCCCAUUAUUAAAGUGGCUGGAGUUGAGUCCGUGUCAGUGUGUUGGCAGCAGCCACUCAAUGUUAGUGGUGGCUGUUUAACAGUCUUGAUGGCCUUGAGAUAGAAGCUGUUUUUCAGUCUCUCGGUCCCAGCUUUGAUGCACCUGUACUGACCUCGCCUUCUGGAUGAUAGCGGGGUGAACAGGCAGUGGCUCGGGUGGUUGAUGUCCUUGAUGAUCUUUAUGGCCUUCCUGUAACAUCGGGUGGUGUAGGUGUCCUGGAGGGCAGGUAGUUUGCCCCCGGUGAUGCGUUGUGCAGACCACACUACCCUCUGGAGAGCCUUACGGUUGAGGGCGGAGCAGUUGCCGUACCAGGCGGUGAUACAGCCCGCCAGGAUGCUCUCGAUUGUGCAUCUGUAGAAGUUUGUGAGUGCUUUUGGUGACAAGCCGAAUUUCUUCAGCCUCCUGAGGUUGAAGAGGCGCUGCUGCGCCUUCUUCACGAUGCUGUCUGUGUGAGUGGACCAAUUCAGUUUUUCUGUGAUGUGUAUGCCGAGGAACUUAAAACUUGCUACCCUCUCCACUACUGUUCAAUCGAUGUGGAUAGGGGGGUGUUCCCUCUGCUGUUUCCUGAAGUCCACAAUCAUCUCCUUAGUUUUGUUGACGUUGCGUGUGAGGUUAUUUUCCUGACACCACACUCCGAGGGCCCUCACCUCCUCCCUGUAGGCCGUCUCGUCGUUGUUGGUAAUCAAGCCUACCACUGUUGUGUCGUCCGCAAACUUGAUGAUUGAGUUGGAGGCGUGCGUGGCCACGCAGUCGUGGGUGAACAGGGAGUACAGGAGAGGGCUCAGAACGCACCCUUGUGGGGCCCCAGUGUUGA